UGCAUGCCAGCUGAUACACGGCCAGGGACUUCGUUGAUUGCUUUGUUGGGAGCCCCGGAGAGAUCAGAAGUAGCUGGCAAUGGCUUCUCUAGCAACCUUGGCUGCCGUGCAACCCGCAGCCGUGAAGGGCCUCGCCGGGAGCUCCAUCGCCGGGACUAAGCUCCACGUGAAGCCCGCGCGCCAGAGCCUCAGACCCAAGAGCAUCAGGUCUGGCGCCACGGUGGCGAAGUAUGGGGACAAGAGUGUCUACUUCGACUUGGAGGAUUUGGGCAACACAACUGGUCAGUGGGACUUGUACGGCUCAGAUGCUCCUUCCCCCUAUAACUCUCUUCAGAGCAAGUUCUUCGAGACAUUUGCUGCCCCAUUCACAAAGAGAGGCCUUCUGCUCAAGUUCUUAAUCUUGGGAGGCGGCUCCACCCUCGCCUACUUCAGCGCCACCGCCUCCGGCGACAUCCUCCCUAUCAAGAAGGGUCCCCAACUCCCGCCGAAGCUGGGUCCACGUGGCAAGAUCUAAGUGGCUGCUCCACUCAGGCUUUCUCUGUAUUUUCCUUGUGUUUUGGAAUGUUGUAAUUAAGUACAUGUCUGAAAAUCGAAAACUUUCGGGUAUUCAUGGUGGUUCUUGUUUUCGAUACGGAAAUUCUGAUUGACCUU